AUGCCCAACAAUCUUGGACGCCGCCAAGGGUAUGGCCAGAAUAAUGGAGAAACGUGCACGACAACCCGCACCAUAACGGUUCCCGUUACCUUGGUGGACUAUACCUACACCACCAUUACGAUCUCCGCGAAUACAGGAGGCACGCCGAUAUUCCCAUCAACUGUCACCGUUUACUCUGGCUGUCCGAGCUCCUUGAGCAGUAUCCCUGGGUUGUCAUCCAAUUCCGCCAGCUCCUCCUCGAGCAGCAGCACACCAACUGGUUUCUCAACUACUACAAGUCCCAGCCAACCCAGCUCCAAUACCACAUCUAGUGCUACAUCAACUGCGUAUACUUCUAGCGCCCUUUCACUUUCCUCAUCGUCCCCCCCUAUUCCAUCAAGCAGUGGCACUGCAUUCCCAUCUGGCGUAUCUACUACCCAAACGGGCUCCCCGUUAUUCGGCAACUCAACCACCUAUGCUGUUACAUCGACUUCAUCGGGAAAUAUUCCCGGAACAGGCUCAACAGCCGUGCCAACCACCAGCAGCUUUACAGGACCCUCCAGCAGUAGCUCAUCCUCUAACGAAACUUCGACCCUGAGCACUCGUCUUCCCAUCCCCACCAGUCUUCUUAGCUCUUCUUCGACGCCCGCCGAGACUUCGUCCACUUUCAGUUCAUCAUCAGAAGUGACAGCCUCUUCGAGCAGCAGCAGUGAAAGCAGUGUGGUAACAUCUUCCACGUCACUCGCGUAUGGCUCGAUUAGCUCGGUUUCUACCAACACGAGAGCCGAUGUCGACUCUACGUCAGGAAGGACUCACACCAUAGGCACGACGACCGUGACAGUGACCCAAGAAGUCACCGCGACUGUGGACGUCCCAAAUGAACUGGAAACUACCGUUACCGACAAAGAUGGAGACUCUCCUUCUACCUCGGUCGUAGUCCUGACAUCCACAGGCCAUAUCACUGUCACUAUUACGCCUGGCACCAUUUCCUCUACAAGUAUUCCGGACAUCGACACAAGCGCAGCAGAUGCUCUUUUCACUACUACCAACUCUGCUGUUCCGUCAGUUGUUGAUGGUGCCCCGGUCAGCUACACUGAAAGUGAAGUCUCUUACCAGUCUACUACGAGCUAUGAAGCGACUUCUUCGUCUUCAAUUGGUAGUAGUGUGACGUCCGGCGAUGUCACGACUGGGAUAUCGACAACUGAAUAUUCGACUAGCACACAGGCAACAGAGUCUGUGACUGGGUCUUCAACAUUACCUGGGAGUUCGGAGUCUACCACGGCGUCAACAGUCUUCAGCUCAAUCCCAGUAUCCUCGACCGGCACACAAUCAACAGAUUCUGUGACUGAGUCUUCCACGACCCCAGGGACUUCAGAGUCUACUACAACCCCAACAAUCUCCAGCUCCAUCCCAUUAUCCUCGGCCAGCGAUUUCCCUUCAUCAAGCGAAGGAAUUCCUUCAACUACCCUUCCCAGUAGUAGCACGUCUUACUCGUCCAGUGAUGACAGCACACCAGCUUCAUCAGUCACUUCUGUGCCUGCCAGUGACACGUCAACUCCUACAACUUCUCUGUCAUCGCUCUCAGCCACCGAGACAAUCACGCCCACAGUUACCUCUUCGUGGUUGACAGGUGUUCCCGCACCCUCUUCUACUUCGAUCUCACCAUCCACCAGCCAAGACUCCUCAGACUCCAUCCCAGCAUUGUCAACAUCAUACGACAGUGGCUAUAGCUUUACGCUUCCGGCGUCCUCUUCCGAGACCUCAGAAGCUACUACUUCGUUCGCCAGCCAGACGUCGUCGGGGAUCCCUGAAGGUGUCAGUUCAACCGCUGCGGUUACGGGAUCAGAAGAAACCUUGACGACGCCGUUCCCGACCACACUGUCCACGAUAUCCGUCCCGUCCUCCUCCCAGUCCUCUGGCGAUGAUUCGACAGCGACUUCUUCUGCUGAGGGGAGCGAGAGCACUACUUAUGGUGCAGAGCUGAGGAAGAUUAGUGGGGGUCAGGACUUGGGUCAGAUUCAGGGAAUAUAA